UCGUGUCAGUUAUAUCUCGGCAGCGAGAGCCGUCAGGCACACGGGUGUUUCGAUGCUCGCCGUUCGUUCAAAAUCCUCGUGCGUCUUGAUAUACGCACGAUUUACAGCGAUACUGCUUGUGUUGGUAUAAACAAAAAUCCACAGAAUCUCGGUAACCACAAGUGUCCUAUCGUCGAAGACUGUCGUCGUUGUUUUCCGUAAUUUCCCUUUUCGGAGCGAUAUCCAGAGUAAUUUCGAAAGUUGGCACAUCGUUCGAGAACGAUAGAGAGUCUCGUGGUUUGGACGAUCAAAUCAUGACAGUCGCUUCUUUGGAUUCUGGCUCGACGACAUUUCUCGUGACACUGCGUGCAUUUGAUUCGUCUCCGCGCGUGGACUCCGCUCUGCAAAAACGAAGGAUUUCAAGGUUAAGUUUAUUUCCUGACACGUGAUCUUACAAUAUACGUGCGACGAAUCGAACGUUCGACCGUGGUUUCGUAUACGUCAUUUCGCAGAGUAACGAUUUCGAUCGAUCGAAUGGACACUGGGUUUAAUGUUUAUCGAUCGUACCACGCGUGUCGGUAGUAUCGUUGACGUGCACGGCCGGAUGCAGUUACAAUCGAGACGCUAUAAUGAAUUACGCAAGAGAUCAAACUACGCUGAUACCGAGAUUUUGUUUAGUUUCCACGUACUAUCCUUACGCGUUGAUGCGUGGAUCGCGAUUCAUUUAUUUCUCGUGACGGCCGGUGAAAACGCGAGUGCCUCGUACAUCGGAAAUCGUACGCGAUACUCGACACGAGCGCGAAGAGAUAUUUUGUAAAAUCGUGUUACGAGUGUCGAAUCGUGUUCGUUUCUAACACAAAACAGUGAGAUCUCAGGUAGAAGUUUCGAAUAGAAACGUACGCACUGUUCCAUUAGAAGUGAAUGGCGAUUUGUUAUCGAAACGGCACGUAGUUUGUCACGUCGAUUUGUACGCGAGGUGUGUCGUUUCCCCUGGCUAUUAACGUACGCGAAGCGCAUCUUGUCGAUUCUCUUCUUCCUUUCCUUUGCCGCGCUGACGCGAGAAUCUCGCGCGAAGUGAACAGCAUUCGUAUAGGUUAGACCGUCGCGCGGGAAAAGUGGCGCCAUUGACGGGCCACGUUCAAAUUCGACGUUGACUUUUUACCACGUGACCCGCGUACGCGCCACCAUCGUGCGCUGCAUCUUCGUUUUGAGAUCGAGAUGCCGAGAAAUUUCGAUAAUCGAAUAGUCGUGUUAUGGCCGGACGUUUGCGAAUCCGAACGCUGACGGUGUGUUAACCUUUGAAAUUUGUUCGUGAGACGGUGACAAGCUGUAGAAAGGUGUGAAAGUAACGGGAUAAUUCUGCAAGACAACCCCACGAGUGAAUCGGGAGCUGGAAAAAUCGUCAUGGCGUACGUGCUCUGGCGGGUGUUUAUGAAGAAAUACUCCAAGGUGCGGCUCGGGCUCAGGAAUCUGCCUGUGAUACCGGCAGAGCGCCGCGGGCCGGAGCGAGAGGAGACCUGGACAUUAGCCCCGGACCAGCGCGAUCUUUGUUCAUUCUUCGACGACGUCUCCGACGUGAAAUCGAAGUCGGUGCACGACACGGAUGCCGGGCAAUCUCGGAUCGUCGGUGACACUGGCGAGGCGAGUAGCGAGCAGCAGCCUGAAGGUGGCACCUUGCCGCGAAGCCAGGAAACGAGAAAGAGCAAGACCAAGAAAGUGAAGAGCUACCUGAGGAAGUGCAAGGGUGCUCUUUCCAAAGGCGACGAAGGUUCCUCGGACAAGAAACGGCCGGAAGUCUGUACCUCCUGGUACCUGGACGAAUCUCACCAGGAGGACCUCGACGUCCUCCUGCAGAAACAGUCGGAAUACCUGGACGAGAGGAUCGCGGAGACGGAGGAAGCAUCGAGUCCGACGGCGAACGAUACUUUGGAGGGCGUUCGGUCGUCGAACGACAAUCCUCCGACGAGUUCCGCGAAAAAUGACAAUCCCGACGAGUCGGAGGACGAACCUCUCGCGAGACUAACCGAGGACGAGGCGAACGAAAGCAACGAGGCUGACCUAAGAAGAAGCCGGACGUCCGUGUACGAGGAUGCGAGAGACUCGUUGAACGACCGGGAGUGCACGGUGGAUGAGUGUGGCUCCUGCGUGUCUGGCACGGCCGAGAGAAACGACGCGGUGUCGCUGGAGACCCUCACCACGGAAGACACGAAUUUGAACAAGUGCGACUCGAACGACACUCUGAUCGCGGAAUUGGCGGCCAGCGGGCCGGAUAGCCCGCCGUUGGUCGAAGAGGGGAAUAAGGAGGAAACGGGCGACGUGAAGGAGGUGGACGGCGAAACACUGAACGCUCUGUCUCCGCUCGGGGGUCGCGGAGACGUCGCCUCGCUGGUCCGGAACUUGCUCGGCCCGAUUUACGGCGACGGCGUUAUCAAUCUGCUGAUAAGGCAGGCCCGGGACAUCCUCGUGUGCGCUUAUCACGGCAACUUGGAGAACUUCCUCAAGACUUAUCUGUCACCGGCCGCGUCUCUGCUGGCGGAAGUGAAGUCCGCCGCCUCCGAAACGGGGAACGAGUCGGUGGUACCGGAAGGCUGGCCUCUGACGUUGGGCAGACGUGGCCUCGUCCUGCAGCUAGGAGAGCUCGAAGCCUCCGCGCUACGUCUCGGGGAAUGUUACCUCUGCAUACGCAGCUCGGCUGCAGUUGCAACCACCUCGGGGAGCGGCGAAGUUGCCGCUGGUGAAACCGACGAGCGAAAUACCGUCGAGAUCGCAGUAGUUUGGCGAACGACGUCGAUGAGGGCCCCAGGAUUCCUCGGCUGGGACCGCGAGGAGGAGUUCAUGGACUGGCGGGAGGUGUCUCGAAAGGGGCAGGGGAGCACCGGUGCGGCGAGCAGCAACCUGGUGGCCGGGCUGCAAUCGUCGAGCACCGCGAGGAGUAUGCGGCCCAGGCGACGCUCGCGCGAGGAAGCGCGCUCGAGGACGCGAGAGCAGGGCUGCGCGUUCGAGCACCGCCGCGAGGAGACCCGUUCGAUCGACCGACUCGAGUGCAACAGCUCGAACGAGAAUCGCCGCCGCACAGAGGACACCGCGAUGGACGCUGGCCACGCGGUCAUGAAAUCCAGGUCAACGUCGAGCGUUGGCACGUGGAAGCCUACGGAGCUGCUGGACGCUGAGACGAACGGCUCCGACGACCACUCUUCUAGUUUCUCCAGCGACGAGAACCGCGCUGGCGAAGUGAACAGGUGCGCCAAGGUCGUCUCGUCGAUGACCAUGGAGAAGUGGAAGGAGACGGCCAGGUGCGAGACAAGGAGCAGAGCGUUGACGCCCGGCGAUCUGAAGACGCCGCUGCGGCUGGACGAGGCGGUGCUCGGGCAGAGGCAGGACGGAAACGCGGAGAACAGGCUGCAGAACAGCCAGCGGAACGUGGACGACGUCGGUGACGACGAGCUGCCGGCGUUCAUCGGGAAUCUUUUGGUCUCGGUCGAGAGGAAGAUCGAGAGGGUCUCGCUGGACGAUUUGACAUUCCCCUGUCCGGCCUGCAGGAACAUUGACAUCGACGACCCUCUGCUGGGUUGCAGGUGCGCCGGUGACGACUGCACUUGCGGCAACGGGGAGGACGCUUGCGAUUGUUCGUCCUCGGCGAACGCGAGGGAAGAACAGUCGACGAGGAGCUUCGAGAUCGCCGGGAUCAAGCACAUCGACAGCGACGACGAGGAGGAAGUUCGGAUGGGAUUCGGAACGAAAAAGAGAGUGGACGACGUGGUAGCGCCCAGGACCAUUCACGACAUACCGGAACACGUUCUCACGUGCGGCCUCACGCUUCCCGGUUACACGGACGCUAACGGCAGACCUGUUCUCGAGUUCGAGGACGAAUCGUCCAGAAGGGAGGCGCUCUCAGUCAAAGAAGUUUCGUCGUUUCUACUCUAUCUCGCACGUUUGCCCAGGUAG